AUGGAUCCAAACAUCCCAGGUGGACCCAUCCCUAGGAACGGCCCUCCUGUCAACAUUCAGACGCGGCCACCUGCCUCACCCGGAAACAGUAGCAUGGGCUUGAACGUGCGCCCACCAUAUCCACCCAACCAACGACCACCGCCGCAACAGCAACAACAGCAGCUUCAGCCGCCGAUGCAGGGUAGCUCUCAGGCUGGCCGAUCACCAAUCUUGAGUCCCUUUCAGAAGCAGGACCCUAAUAACUUCACGGGACAACAGCAUUCCCCCAUCAACCCAAACGCCAGGUCUAUGCAGCAGCCGACACAGCCAGGUGUCCAACAGGGAGUGUCCGGCCCAGUGCGUCCUCCUGGUGUCUUUCCAGGACCUGUGCCUGCUCAGCGACCGCCGCCUCAACAGCAACAGCAGCAACAGCAGCAGCAGGCACGGCCUCACCCUCCUCCGCCGGGUGGUCAGCAGCCAUCCCAAUUUACUCACCCUGGAAAACCAAUGCUCGGUUCUGUUAAUUCUGGAAGCCAAGGUCAAUUGAGGCCUGGAGCAGGAUCGCCCCAAGCGCAACCUACUCAGCCUUUGCGCUCACCGAUGCAUCUAGGGCAACAACAGCAGCAGCAGUACCCAUUACAGGCACAUCAGUCAUUGUCAAGCGGACCUAACUUGCGUCCAUCUACCUCUCACCCAAACUUGACAGGAGGAGCACCAAACAUGCAGCCGGGCGGUAGCAGAUUCACACCACCUUCCCCUAGUGCGGGGGCACGAUCGCCACAGAUCAAACCUAUGCAGUACUCUCCACAGGGUCACGGAACCCAGGCACAUCCUUCUGUUCCUCAGCAGCAACAGCAACAGCAACAGCAACAGCAACAGCAACAGCAACAGCAACAGCAACAGCAGCAGUCAGUCAUGAGGCCAUCCAUGUCUCAUCCACAUCUUUCUCUGCAACCUGGCGUCCGUCCUGCCCCUGGACAUGGAUCUCCUGUGCAAGCACAUCAACCUGUUACUGUUCGGCCUCCCGGACCCAUAGUGCAGCAGCAGUCAAGACCCAGGCCACCCCAGGCGAUUCCCCAAGGUCAAGCCCCUCUUCAACACGCCAGCCCAGGGACUUCCGUGCAGUUGGAAAUGCCGACACUCAGUCCAAGUGAGCCCAAUGGCGGUCAGCAGCAGCAAAGACCUCAGCAGGUGCAGCAACGACCUUCUGGCGCCAGACCAAUUUUAGACCAAAUGCGGCAACAGGCCCCACCAAACCAUCCAGCGCAUCUUCAAAGCCAUGGACAACCACAGACCCCACAAAACUUGACUCCUACACAGCGACAGCCACAGCGCCCUGCACCUCCUCACCAUGGACAGCCUUCACAACAGCAGCAGCAGCAACAGUUGUCGUCCCCACAGCCUCAUCCUAGUGAACCUAGCGGAUCCAAGGAUCACGCCCCAAACCCUUCUGUGUACCAGGCCCGUACUGAGAAAGAACAUCAGCCAGUGGCGGACCAGAGAGUGUCAAAUGGCGAGCGCCUGCGCCAGCAAAAGCUCUCACCUCAACAACAACAUGCUCUCCCACCUAACCCUCAGCAUUUCCCUGGACAUGGAGCCGGCCAGCAGCAACACCACGGACAAGCUGGAAACGCAUUACAGCCGCCUUCACCGCGACCAAAUUUCGUCCCUACAUCACCAGGACAGAAGCCGCUGGGGGCUGCCGAGAUCAAAGUGCUGGGUCCAACACCAGGAGUGCCUCCAAGAUCUCCUGUUCAACAUCAGCAGCAGCAAAAGCAACAGCAACAGCAACAGCAACAGCCACCACAGCCCUUCAGAUCGCCUGAGCCUGAAGUAUUUCCAUUAGUCGAACCUGAUGAGCCGCUCUUCGAUAUAGAUGACGAUGGCUUCAAAGAUGACGAUAUCGAAGGGGGUAGUAAACCUGUAGUGCCUCCAUCGGCACCUUCCAAAGCGCCCACCACCCAGCCUGUUAUCGAUCAAUCCCCACCAACAGCUGCAGGAGGUCCUCCAACGGGACCACCUCGAGGACUACCAAGACAGCUGUCAAAUUCUAUGGGCUCUGGUCCAGCACGGAUUGCUCAGCCAUCUAACAACCCUUCUUCCCCUCCUGCAAGCGCUUUUCCGCCAGCAGGCUCACUUAAACCCCGUGUGCGACCUCCUCCGGGUAACAAAGUGUUUACGCCGUAUGUUCCACCUGAGCGACCUUCUCAAGCGCCAGUCAUGUACAGCCAGACUGGCCAACCCACGCUAUCGCAGCCCUUCUCGCAGCGCGGCGAUGAAUCGUCGGUGGGACAUUCGUCCGUCGCAACAUCCAUGGUGCCUCAGGGAGCUAACGCGGCGUCAAGUAGUGUUCGACCCAGGGAAGCUGGAUUACAGAAGCGACUUGUCGCGGGCGAAAUUAAUGCAUCAAAAGCCGGCAGCCCUCCCAGCGCGAACGCCAUGUCGCCUCCGUCUCCCAAGUUGCAUGGCCAGAAAGGGCCUGCUAUCCUUAGUGCAUCUGGCCAGAAGCCUUUCCCCUCUGCAGCAAAGACUUUGAAGACAUGGGCGAUUCGAGGAGGAUUGAUCUAUUUUGGCUACACUGCAGUCUUCAACUGCGGGCAGGACGCGGCAGGUGUCAGAGGUCUUUAUUGCAAGGCUACUAACGGCAUUAGUGGUCUCGCAAAGCCCUUGUUCGCACCUUAUUAUAAUACUUACUUGGGAACCCAUGUUGACCGCUAUGUCAAGCCUGUUGCUCGACAGAGUCAUCGUAUCUACCUCAAGGUGGCAGACCCUGUUGUUCAAGGCGCUGCAUCUGCAGCUGGACGUGUUUACGAUGCUACCGCCAAAAAACAUGUGGACAACGCCAAGGACAGGGUUAUCUCCAUCUUGCCGUACCCCUUCAAGCCUGAAUCAUCGAAAGGUGCUAAGCAGGCACUCAAAAAUGAACAAGAAAUGCCUCAAAACGAGGUACCUGAAGUGGAUAGGAUUUCGAGGCAACCGGUGCAUGUAUCUGAGCAAGUGGUGUCACUAGACGGCCAGAACCAGUUCACAGAAAACCUCGAGAGUACAAUCGACACUGUGAAAGAAGACGUUGGCGAUAGACUGGAGAAGAUUGUGCAGGCUGUUCGGGAAGACAUUGCGGAUGUGAAGGAAGCUGUUCUGGAGCACGUGGCGCCUAUUGUAGAAGCUGUCCAACAUCAAGCGGAGAAGAUAGUGGAGCUGGCUACGGAAACUAAUGAGCAGGAGCAAAAGGAAUCGGAGGGAUCUCAGACUGAGCAGCACCAAGGUUUGGAAACGAACGGCAGGGAUAGCGAUGAUUACAGCCACAACGAGAAAAGGCCCCUGGAUGAAGACAUUAUCAACCGGAUCGCAACCUUUAAGGACUCUAUGAAGAAUGUACAUGAAGAUGUCAGCGAGCGCAAUGAAAAUAGCGAGGAUCGAAAGAUCGUCCAGCCUGAUGAGACCAAACCGGAGGAACCCACUCAUGUAGAGCCGGCCGAAGAACCCAUCCCUGAGCCAGUAGCGUCCACAGAAACACAGGCCGAUCCUAGUUUGGCAUCAGAGGGCGAACAUAUUUCUGUCACACAACCGGAGGUGACUUCAGAGUCCCCAGCAGAACCUUCAUCCAGCACGGUCGAGUCGACACCAGAGUUUAUGGACCGUCCCACAGAAGCCUCUGAGCAGGAUGAGCAGGCUCCGACCACGAAUGAGGUCCCUGUGGAGCCAGUGGAAGUCGUCGCGGAAGAAAAGCCCAUUGUCGAGGCGACGGCGGCACCGACAGAGGAGGAACAUAGAGAGCAGAUUCCUGUCCCCACCAGUCAGACGAGUGCACCAGAGGAGGAGCAAUCCUCAAGACACUCUCAGCCCAAGGAGCGCGAUGACCACUCAGUAGAGAAAAUUAAUGCUGAGGAAGAUCGCAGCAGCAAUAUGAACAAGGAAGGGGAACAUAUGGAGGUUGUGGGGGAGGUGAACCAAGGUGGAGCAGAAUCCGUAUCGGAGAAGGAGGCGGAAGGCGAUGCGACUCUUGAGCAGCAGGCUGCUCCAAGUUCAAAAGCAGAGCACCAGAAUGGCUCAAAUGCCCAUGAUGAACUGUAG